AUGUUAAAGGAGCAACAGAAGGGGACCGUGACCGUGUUGUUGGGUGCUCAGUGGGGUGAUGAAGGUAAAGGAAAAAUUGUCGAUUAUCUGAUUGCGAAAGAUAAGGUACAAGUUGUUGCACGCUGUCAAGGUGGUAACAACGCAGGUCACACUGUUGUUGCUAAUGGACGAAAAUAUGACUUUCAUAUUAUACCCUCAGGAAUCAUUGCUGAAAAAUGUUUCAACAUAAUUGGUAAUGGCACAGUAGUAAAUUUAGAUUCGUUUUUUGAAGAAUUGGAUCACAACAAAAUUACUAACAUACCUGGAUGGGAAAAACGAAUAUUAAUCAGUGAUCGAGCACAUCUCAUAUGUGAUAUCCAUAUGCUUGUUGAUGGUCAUUCGGAGGAUCGACUGAAUAUCAAUAAAAUUGGAACAACAAAAAAGGGUAUUGGACCAACAUAUUCUAGCAAAUGUUUUAGAAAUGGUCUCCGAGUUGGCGAUUUAGUUUACGAUUUUGAUGGAUUUACUUUAAAAUUUCGAGAACUUGUUAAAUAUUAUCAGAAGCAGUAUCCUGAUUUGGAGAUUGACGUUGAUCUCGAGUUGAUCAAAUUCAAGAAGCACGCGAAUAAAUUGAAUGAAUUGGCACUGGUCGCUGAUACGGUAAUGACAUUGGAUGAAUUACGAAGCAGUGGAAAAACUGUACUUGUUGAAGGUGCAAAUGGUACCAUGCUGGAUAUCGAUUUCGGAACUUAUCCAUUUGUAACAUCAUCAAAUGCAACAGUUGGAGGUGCUAUCACCGGUUUGGGACUUCCACCAAUGUCGAUCAAGAGAGUGAUAGGCGUUACAAAAGCGUACUCUACUAGAGUUGGCUCUGGACCAUUUCCUACGGAAUUGAAAAAUGACAUUGGCGAUAAGCUACAACGAAUAGGGCAUGAAGUUGGUGUUACGACGGGUCGAAAGAGACGAUGCGGUUGGAUAGAUUUAGUCCUUUUAAAGAGAGCACAUCUUAUUAAUGGAUUCACGGACAUUGCUUUGACAAAACUGGAUGUCCUGGAUACAUUUGAUGUAAUCAAGGCAGGUGUUGCCUACAGGUUGGAUAAAGAAUUGCUGAAAUCUCCUCCGUCACAGGCUUCCGACUGGGAGAAAGUGGAGGUCGAAUACCGUACAUUCAAAGGAUGGAACACACCGAUAUUGGCUAUGCGGAGUUUUAAUGAAUUACCAGAAAAUUGUCGAAUUUUCAUUGAAUUCAUUGAGCAGUAUGUCGGAGUACCAGUGAAGUGGAUUGGUGUGGGUGAGGAAAGAGAAGCACUGAUUCUUCGUGAACCCUGA